AAUAUUGUUAAGUUCAAGAACUUCAAAAAUAAGGAAAAGGUCCCUUUUAGUGUGUAUGAAGAUCUGGAAAGCGCGUUAAGACGUACCAAUGACCCCAAGAAGCCUCGGCAACACGUUUCAGCUGCUGUUGGAUACUAUUUAAAGUGCAGCUAUGAUGACUCCUUGUCGUUCUAUCGAGCUUAUCGAGGUGUUGACUGUAUGCAGUUUUUUUGCUGAUGAGAUGGCACAGCUAGCAGAAGAUAUGGCUACUGUGUUUUGGUGUCCUUAUGAUAUUCACAUGACGCCUUCUCAGGAAGAUGAGUUUCAAAAAGCCACUCAUUGUCAUAUAUGCGAGGAACCAUUCACAACUGAAGAUAAAAAAGUGCGCGAUCAUUUUCAUUUAAUCCCCGAACACAACUAUAGGGGUCCCGCCCACGAAGGGUAUAUUGCCACACGAAUGAAAGAAACUAUCGAUUUGCUGCCUAUCACCAAGGAAAAGUACAUCUCCUUUACUAAACAUAUUGAUGAGUAUCCCAUCCAAUUCCGUUUUAUUGAUAGUUACUGA